AUGAUUGGCUCCUGACUUUCCCGAUGCAUGGGGCCUUGACUCACCAAAUUCAUUGUUUUGGUUAUCAUCAGGCCGCCACCUGGGUCUGCAUGAAAUGUGCAGAUAUUGUAAAAUUUACGUUUCGUUAGCUUAGGAAGAUGCAGGACAAGUAAAUAAGUAAUUAUUUAAUCGUUGUGAAUGUGAGAUCAUACACGUACAUGAUGUCAGACUUUAAGAGUGAUACGUAGCACGUUCAACGAGUGAGACCAAGCUAAAAAAGCAACAAUGAGUCAAUAUAAAAAAAUAUAGCAAGCAAAACCAUCCAGGAUGACAGAUGACAAUGAAACAAUCAGCAGUCUAAAGCUGGAGUCAGAACUUGGAGGAAGUGCAGGAGGGGGAUGCAUCAGUUGUCCCAUCUUGCGGAAGAGACUCCAGACAUGCCGCGAGUGGGUGAAGUUUUACCAUGUAAAGCUUGAACAGCAAGACAAACUCCUUCGCAUUGCGGCAGAUUACGAUAGAGUAAAACAGCAAAAUGUGGAGCUGCAACUGGCCUAUGACCAAAGAACUCGAGAGGCUUCUUAUAUGCGUGAACAGAUGGCAAACUUGUUACUUGAAAUCCAGCCACUAAGGAAAAAGAUUAGCACUUUAGAAAAUGACUUAGAAGAUGAGAAGAAAUUGACAGAGGCUGCAGAAAACCAAGUGCUUAGUUUGAGACACACACAGGAUCAGCAAAAGCACCAGAUAGAUGCCUUGAAAGCUAAAGUUGACUUAAAUCUCAUUGAAGUCCUGGAAAGGAAACUGAACACAGCUCGCAGUGAGAUUAAACGUUUGAGAUGCUCCCUGGAUGACAAGUCUUGUGAGGUGAGUGAGCUGAAGGAGUUCCUGCAGGACCGGCGUGAUCACUUCCUCCGCAACCAGAAGAAGACGGCCUGGAGUCUGCGCCUGGCAUGGAAGUAUGGCUCUCACCUCACUGGCCUUGACCAAGAUCCAGGACUUUGGGAACUUCUUAGGAGAACAUGUUCAGUCCUUGCGUCGGAUCAUCAGGUACUGUUGGUGGGAGCAUGUUUCCAACCAGUGGUUGCACCAUGA